UCAAACUGCUGUUACAAACAAACAAUAAACAGUUGUGACUUUCGAAAACUGCGUACAAAUGUAAAAAUUCCAGCGAUUUCAGGUGAACAACUCCAUCGAAACUAACCGCUUGAAGAUUUCGUGAAUUCUGAAUUUCCCUCUGAUCCGCACACCAUAUGCGAAUCGUUUGGGGUGGGAAAACGCCUUUCUAUCGAUCAAUUUUGCGACCUGUUGCAUCGGCUGACCCAUGAGUUCAGAAACGGAAAGUUUGCCGGAGGAAGAAGAACAAUCUACCAGUCUGUUAAGAAACACGCACAUGGAAGCCCAAGCCGAGCACGCCAAAAUCAAACGCUACAACACCCUGUACACCAUCACGACCGUCCUAGGGGUCGCUCUGGUCGUUUUAACCUUCAUAUGGCUCAACCACUACCUGGGAGGCUUCUCCCUGGACCAAACCAGCACCGAGUUCAACUGGCACCCUCUCCUCAUGGUCACUGGGAUGCUGUUCCUAUACUCCCAAUCGAUCUUGGUCUAUAGGACCGGAAGAAACACCAAGAAAUUCACCCUGAAGUGCAUCCACGCCGGUCUGCACAUAACGAUCCUGAUCAUGGCGGCCCUAGGGCUGAAAGCGGUUUUCGAUUCUCACAACUACGCUUCCCCGCCCAUCGCCAACCUGUAUUCUCUCCAUUCGUGGCUGGGAAUUUUGACUUUCGCUCUUUUCUGUGGACAGCUGGUCAUUGGUUUCACCACCUUCUUGUUUCCGGGAGCCAGCAAGGGUUUGAGGACAGCGGUGCUUCCUUAUCACGUGACUCUAGGAUCGGCAGGGUUCCUCAUGUCAGUCAUAACCGCAGGGCUGGGUUAUGCGGAGAAAGUCAUGUUUUUCCUGGGUGCCAACUACCAGAAGUUGCCGUUAUCUGGGACAAUCCUCAAUUUAAUCGGUGUAGUUACCGUCAUUUUUGGCCUACUGACUUUACACCUCGUCAACGAUGUCCAAUACGAGAGGGAGGAAGUGAUCGAAGAUGAGGUACCCCUGUCUGGAGAAUGAGCGAAGACUGUUGAAGGAACAAAUAUACAUAAUCGUAUUUAAUAUCGCUGAAUUGAAGACAAUACUUCAAUGAGUUUUUUGCGCGUUGUAUCGUUUGUUCGUUUCGGUGCUACUUAUAUAGUGAUGUUGAUAAAUCAAACCAAAUAUUUUGGUGCUAUUGUAAAAUAUAUUGUUAUCAUAAAUGUAAUUUUAAUGAAGUGUUGGUAGAGAAAGUC